UACACUCCAAAACUACGAUGAAUACAUUGAACGUUUCAGAGUUGUGUUCCCACAAAGCCUAGCAAAGCUCGUUGAAAGGCUUGCAUAUUGAGGCUCUCGCGGUAGUUCAUCGUUUAUGACUCGCAUAUUCCAUGGAUGCUUGACGUUGACGGAUCUCCAUUUUUCACUCAGUGUUCGGCUCUAAAUGCGGUUUAUUAUCAUGUUCAUUAUGGGGCGUUGGAGUUUCCUGUGAAAGGAUCCGUGGUUUCGUUGCCUUCGAUGCCGCCGCUUGGAUUUGAUGAUCUUCCAUCGUUCAUUUCUGAACCUGGCUCUUAUCCAUCUUUUCUUAACUUGGUCUUGAAUCAAUUUUCAAAUAUUCAUGAGCCAAAAUGGAUCUUGUGUAACACUUUCCUUGAGUUGGAAGAUGAGGUAGUAAACUCUACGGCAAGUAAAUGUCCUACUAAAACAAUUGGACCAACAAUUCCAUCAAUUUACCUAGACGAGAGGUUGCAAAAUGAUAAUGACUAUGGCCUAAGCCUUUUCAAACCAAGGACUGAAACUUGCAAGACAUGGCUAGAUUGAGAUUUGUGUAAAGGAAGUCAUGGAAGGAGAAAGAUGAAAAAAUAUAAGAAAGAAUACGGAGAAGUGGAAAGAA